CAUUUAAUAAGAGAGAAGAAUGAAGAUCAUCUUGACUUUCACUCUGCUGAUGAUUCCUGAGGAAGUGGGCGUCUCCGUCACAUUCAGCACUUCAUGUUAAACAUGUAACCAGGAAAGAAACACUCAAAACUCAUCUGAACACACAUCGAGAGCUUCAGAAGAACUGAAUCUACUGACAACAGAGAAGAUCAUUUAAUAAGAGAGAAGAAUGAAGAUCAUCUUGACUUUCACUCUGCUGAUGAUUCCUGAGGAAGUGGGCGUCUCCGUCACAUUCAGCACUUCAUGUUAAACAUGUAACCAGGAAAGAAACACUCAAAACUCAUCUGAACACACAUCGAGAGCUUCAGAAGAACUGAAUCUACUGACAACAGAGAAGAUCAUUUAAUAAGAGAGAAGAAUGAAGAUCAUCUUGACUUUCACUCUGCUGAUGAUUCCUGGAGUCGUGAGCUCCAUCAGUGUGACGGGAUAUUCAGGAGGAGGAGUCACGAUCACAUGCAAAUAUUAUGAAGGAUAUGCAACAUAUAUAAAGUAUUUUUGUAAAGGACAGUGGUGCAUAGACCAAAUCAGGACUGAUGAGAAAUAUAAAUGGGUUCGUUCUGGAAGAUUCUCUCUGUAUGACGACACAAGAUCAGCAGUCUUCAUUGUGACCAUCAGAGAUCUGACUGAACUGGAUUCUGACACGUACUGGUGUGGAACUGAAAGAGCUGGAAAAGAUUUAUACACUGAAGUGAAUCUGAAGGUUAUAAGAGAUCAACCAAUCAGGAGAGUGAGAGGAUAUUCAGGAGGAAACGUCAUUAUAAACUUCAAAUAUGAGAAGCAAGAAGCGAGUCCUUUGAUAAACAUCUGUAAAACUGGAGGUCAAUGUUUUACUGUAACGAUCGCUAUCAGAGCAGCAGAAUGGAAACAGGACAGACGAUUCUCCGUUCAGGAUGACAGAUCUGCAGGUCUCUUACGUGUGUUUAUCAGAGAUCUGAAUGAGAACGACUCUGGAGAAUAUUAUAUUAUAGUCAAAGUUUCUGAAGAAUACAGUUUCUUCUCUGAGUUUAAUCUGAUCAUCAGAGACGAUGAUUGUUGUGUGAAGAGCAUCAGUCUAUCAGCUGCUGCAGGAGGAUCUGUGAACAUCAGCUGCAAAUACCCACAAUCCCACAUUAGUGAUGUGAAGUUUCUCUGCUGGAGAUCUGGAGCUGAUCUCUGUGCUGAAGAGACGUCUGUGAAGGAGAGCAGAAGAUGGAGUCCUGAGGGAAAGAUCCAGCUGUAUGAUGACAGAGAAGAGCAGCUCCUGACGGGAAGCAUCAGUCAUGUGACUGAACAAGAUUCAGAAUACUGGUGUGGAGUUCAGUCUGAUCAAGGACACAAGAGCUUCAUCACACGAGUCCUGAUCCAUGUUACAGACUUUCCAGAAACUACAUCAUCAUCAUCAUCAUCAUCUUCAUCAUCAUCAUCGUCAUCAUCAACAACAACAUCUUCAUCAGCAGGCUCUUCUCUGAUCCUCCCUCUGGUUCUGGUUCUGGUUCUUCUGGUUCUGAUCAUCGCUGGACUCUUAUUACUGUUUCUCUGUAAGAAGCAUCAGUCUCGAGGUGGUGAUUCGUCAUCUCAGACUGGACCAAGAAAACAUGAAGUGGUUUCUAACACUGGUUGUGAUUAUGACGAGAUUAAAGACAUACAAUUACCCACAAGCCCCUCUGAUUCCUCUAUCUGUGUUUACGCUACAGUUGAGAAAGUCUCUGGUGACUCUCAGUGCCGCAUCGCAUCUGCUGAGGAUCUGAAUUACGCAGUGGUGAAUUUCCAUAAGAGAUCAGACUGUCCUGACAGUGUCAGUUUCAGGAAUGAUCAGGAUUACACUGAAUACGCUGCUGUCAAUCAUCUCACUGCUUGAAGAGCCACAGCAGAGAAUAUAAAUGAGCUGAAUGUUUUUAUCAUCUUGUCUUUGGUGUUAAGUUUGUGUGUUUGGUGUUUUUUUGUUAGUCUUCAGUGAUGCUUCUUUGCCUUGUAUUUAAGUUAUUCGACUGUCGGCAUGAAGUCUGAUGAAUGUUUAAAUUACAGCACAGCGUUUUGUUCUGCAGAUGACAAUGAAAAAAAUGAUCAAACUUUUGGUCAGAGUUUGAUGUAAUUAAAUACUGAAUAUUUCAGAGACAAAAGUGAAAUUAAAGCAGAAUAUGCAGCUGUGCUCAAUGUUAUAAACAAACUUGGGAAAUACAGCAACUGUUGUUUUUUUCUCAGUUCUCAUUUUAACAGCCUGAUAACCUAAAAAAAUAGUUGUGAUAUUGUUUUGUAAUGUGAUAUGAAUGGAUUAUGGAAAGCUGAAAUGCACAUAAAAGCACAUCUGAGCUUUGUGAGUGUCUGUUGUGAAGCCUGAAUAAUGUUUAUUUCAGAACAUUGACUCUCCACUGAUGUAAUAAAACAUGAACAUUUUGUUCCUGAAAAA